CACCAGGAUGAAGAUGAAGGGCGCGUGGCUGUCGGACAGCAGCGUGUUGAUGGCAUUGAGCACGCCCACCACGCGCUCCGGGUAGCACGUGUCCAGCCCUGUGAUCUCGAGCACGACGCGCAGCCGGCGCCGCUGGUAGAUCUCCAGGAAGCACAGGAAGUCGGUGAGCAGCCCCACCUCCUUCUUCACCUCGCACAUGAAUCCCAGAUGGCUGCUGAACCUCUCCUGCGACACCAGCCGCUCAAUUCUCUUGCGCUGGCUCACGAACAAGUGCUUGCCCAGCGAGAACAAGGCCAUGAGCAGCCCGGAGCUCGAAAGCGUGGUGGCCGCGCCGCCGAAUGCCCGGAACAUGUUGCCGUGGCCCAGUACGUGGGAGCUCAUCGACAGGUAGAGCAGGCUCAUGCCCAGGCUGAACGCCGCCAGCAGCCCCAGCAUUGCCAGGCACACUCGGCUCCGGCAGUGCCACUCGCGAUGGCGGUAGUCCAGCCUCGUGGCCGCUUUCCUGCCCAGCACCGAGUACAAGCUGAAGGGCAGUGCGCCGUAUUGCUGGCGGAUGCCCUCGCACAGAGUGGCCACCAGGCCGGCCCACAGCUUGUCACUGCCUGCGUACUGCCAGGCGCUGAAACGGAUGAAGAGGAAUUUGACGUUCUUGCGCCGCAGAUGCAACUCGGUGAUGAUGGGCUGCAGGAACACCAGGACCUUGUUUGUUGCUCUGUGACAACACAGGAGCAGGACAUGGGCUUGUUCGAUAGGUGCUCACCAGGGCUGGGCACACGGAGCUCGCGCCAUGGCGUCCCAGAGUCGUCGGCGGAGGCCGCUGCGGAGGCCUGAGACGGUGGUGCCGGGGGAGGCGGCCGAGACGGACUCGGAGCUCUCUGUGUCCUCGUCGGAGGAGGAGGAGCUGUACCUGGUCCUCUCGGGCCCGACGCGCGGCCGCCCCACGGGACUGCGGGUGGUCGGGGAGGCCGCGGAGACCGACUCGGACUCGGAGCCGGAGCCGAAGGCCGCGCCGAGGGAUCUGCCUCCGCUUGUGGUGCAGCGGGAGACUGCCGGGGAGGCCUGGGGAGAGGAGGAGGCCCCGGCGCCCGCCCCCGCGCGUUCGCUGCUGCAGCUCCGGCUGGCUGAGAGCCAGGCGCGGCUGGACCACGACGUAGCGGCCGCGGUGAGCGGCGUGUACCGCCGCGCGGGCCGUGAUGUGGCCGCCCUGGCCGGUAGGCUGGCGGCUGCCCAGGCGGCGGGAUUGGCGGCGGCCCACAGCGUGCGCCUGGCGCGGGGGGACCUCUGCGCGCUGGCCGAGCGCCUGGACAUCGUGGCCGGCUGCCGCCUGCUUCCCGACAUCCGCGGCGUGCCGGGCACCGAGCCCGAACAAGACCCGGGACCGCGAGCCUAUCCGUGACCCACUCUCCCGCCUGACUGAGCCCUGGGGGUAGGCCUUGCGGCCUCUGGGACCUGGCUCUGUGCCGUGUUUAGCCACCCACCCGUCUUACUGUCACCCUCAGAGAUAACCCCGCCCCCUGGAUAAUGCUCUG